CAUGGAAUUCUUGGACGCCAUCAAAAAAGGCAAACGCACAUUCGUAGUGGCAGAAAUCGGCCAAAAUCAUCAGGGAGAUAUCGGUAACGCGAAGAAACUCAUCGACGUAGCCAUGGAAUGCGGCGCCGAUUGCGCAAAGUUCCAGAAGACGUGCAUCGCGGAAAAGUUCACUAGAUCGGUGCUGGAGGCGCCGUACGUAUCUCCCAACUCGUGGGGGGCGACGUACGGCGACCACAAGGCGCACCUCGAGUUUUCCGAUGACGAAUUUCGAGAACUGCAACGGUACUGCCAAGAGGUGGGGGUUAUGUUCGCCGCGACGCCUAUGGAUUGCGCGUCGUUAGAUUUUCUCGUCGGCAUUUCCGUGCCGUUUAUCAAAAUCGGGUCGGGCGACGCGAACAAUUUCGUUUUGCUUGAGAAAGCGGCCCGAACAGAACUGCCGUUGGUCAUAUCAACAGGCAUGCAGGAUUUCGGGACGGUAAAGUCGAUCUACAAGUUGGUUUCGAAACAUCACAAAAAGUUUGCUCUGCUGCACUGUGUAUCGUCUUACCCAGCUCCGCUGCACCAGCUUAACCUCGAAGUAAUCAAUCUCUAUAAACGGGAGUUCCCCGACGUUGUAGUCGGGUAUUCCGGUCACGAGCUCGGCACCAAAAUGACAUUAGCUGCUGCAGCGAUGGGCGCAAAAAUUGUUGAACGUCACAUAACGUUAGAUAAGUCGUGGAAGGGGACCGACCACAAAUGUUCUCUGAGUCCGCGCGAAUUUAAAUCUCUGGUCGACGACAUUAGGGCUUUGGAACUGGCUAUGGGCGAGCCGGUUAAAAAGAGGCUUUAUUGCGAACAACCAACUUAUAAAAAACUUGGCAAAAGCCUCGUGUUCGCGCAGACCUUAAAAGCGGGUCACGAGAUUGCCACGGAAGAUGUCACAGUCAAGGUUUGCACACCAAAAGGAGUGGACCCCACAGAAAUCAAUAAUGUAAUUGGUAAACGGCUGAAUUGUGACGUCUAUGCCGAUAAUCCGAUCUUAGACCACCACAUCAAGUAA